UAAAAUUCUAUAUGAAUUAAUAUUUUCUUAAGAUGUCUAGUAAUAUUGAAAUUUUUGUAUCACUACUGCGAUCAUAUAAAGAGGUUUCGACACUCGCUAGAGAAAACCGUUCGAAAAUUGAAUCGUGUCUAGUUGUGAAAAAUCAUCAUGGAAGCUCAAUAAAAUCCAAGUUCUUGUAAGACAGACAGACUUCUUGUCUUCCAUGCUGAUUUUUCACAGGUAGUCAUACUCGAUUUUCCUUAAACUUCAGUAUUAUAUGAGUGUCAAGAGUCAAGAAUUUUUUAGAAGAUCAUGAUUAAUAAUGUCAGAAAUGUCAGAGCUACCUUGACUUAACAUCCUAUAUUGUGUGAAUCUGCCCUUAAGAAAAUUUCUUAAGAAUAAUUUUAAAAUGUUCAUUGUUUAAUGUACUUAUUCAUAUGUUUAUAAAAGUAAUGAUUUUCCAUUUAAAAGAGGAUAUGUAUAUAAAUAUAUGUAUAGAUCGUGAAGAUUUGAAGUUCUACACUUAAAAUUGAUAUACAUACAGAUUUCAACCUUAAAAAUGUUUUGUGUUUGGUUGAAGUAUUAAUUUCAUAAUUUAUUAAACUUAAUAACAUACAUGAUAUAAUCUUUUGCAUACCGUGAUAUAAAAAUACUAUGAAAAGAAUAAAACUUAAGCCUAAGAAUCCAAACCCACUAUUUGAGCUCUGGUUAGAAGAAUGGAGAAAAGAGGCUGCAUCGAGAAAUUCCGACUUGCAAUAUCAUUUUUCGAAAGCACUCGCUGCAUUAAAAAAAUAUCCCUUGCCGUUAAAAUCUGGGAAGGAUUGUAUAAUAUUGCAACACUUUGGCACAAAAUUAUGCUCCAUGUUAGAUAGAAAACUCAAAGAAUAUAAAGUUCAAAAUAAUGACUCAGUAAGUGUGAAGAAUGUUUGCAAGCACUGCAGUUUUAAUGAACAACCUGUAUUUAAAAGGAAACGCAGAUCACAACAAAAUAUUGUGGACACAGAUUUCAUACCUGAAAGAACAGAACUAACAACAUUUGACGAUUUAAAUUUAUCAUCUUGGAAUGUAGAAAAUUAUGCUGCCUUAUUGAUAUUAUAUAAGAAAACACUAGACUCAUGUUAUUCAGGAUAUACUACAGAAACAGAUCUACUGUUGGAAAUGAAACAGUUGUGUGGGCAUGGAGCAAAGACUUCAGUCUUAGAUUUGUUUGAAAGUGGAUUAAUUUCUAUGAUAGGUAGACCAAUUAGGUAUAAUCUUACAGAGCAUGGUAUAAGUAUUUCAAAGAAGAUAUGUGAAAUUACAACUACUAAUGUAAUAUCAUUAAAUUCUUUUGAAGUAUUAAAUAAAAUUCAAAACUCAUUAAAACCAUUGAUUACACAAAAGUCUAAGUUAAUAAAAGAUUCAGCCGAUCUUAAUAAUAGGAAUGAGGAAACUAUUACUAUUGAAAAUCACUGCCAACAACCUGAUGAGAAUUUUGAAAAACAAAAAUCGAAGGAAAAUAUUGUCUACCCAAAAAGAGUACAAGAAAAAAUGAAAGAAGUAAAAGAUAUGAAUCAUGUACAUAAUUUAGAAAAUAAUGAAACAGAUUUUACAGAUGAUUUUCAAAGAAACUAUUAUUUAGAAUCAAGAAAUUUUGAUAUAAUAUUAUUAGUAGAUACACAAGAGACUGCUGGUGGUAGGACAGAACCUCAACAUGAUGCUACUAUCACAGGACUAACAGAGUUUGGUGUAUCAUUUGAGAUACGUCAUUUAAAAGUUGGUGAUUUUGCAUGGAUUGCUAGGUGUAGAAGAAAUAAAAAUAAUGAACUAAUCUUACCCUUUAUAGUAGAAAGGAAACGAAUAGAUGAUUUAAGUGCAAGUAUUACAGAUGGAAGAUUUCAUGAACAAAAGUUUAGAUUAAAGCAAUCUGGAAUUACAAAUCUUAUGUACAUAAUUGAAGAUUAUGAGAAGGGUCAAAGAUUGACAAUACCACAUUCAUCAUUGAUGCAAGCUUCCAUUAAUACUUUGAUACAAGAUGGUUUCUCUGUAAAAUAUACUAAGAAUCAUAAAGAUUCUAUGUUUUAUUUGUCAUCAUUAACUAGAAUUUUAAUAAAAAUGUUCAAAGAAAAAAACCUGAUAGGUUGUAAAAAAGAAGUUAUUACACGAACAAAUAUUUCAAAUAAUACCUGUAGUCUCAUGGUAUUUGAAGAAUUUAAUAAAGCAGCUUCUAAACAAAAGGUUUUUAAAGUAAAUCAAAUGUUUGUCCGCCAACUACUACAGUUAAAAGGAAUGUCCAUAGAUAAAGCUUUAGCAAUUGUAGAACAUUAUCCAACUCCUCGAUUAUUAGUUGAAGCUUUUCAGAAGUCUGGUUGCAAUGGAACGAAAGUAGGUGAGUCUAAGCAGCGGGGUACACAGGGUUCCUUAAAUCGAACGAUAGAUGGAUAGCAGCUUAUCUCGUACAGGCCGUAGGGAAGAAGAUUAUAACAUUCGAAAACAUAAUUCAUUAUGCCUACUAAGUAAAAUCCAUAUAUAAAAUCCAGCAUAUUUAAAAUCUGUAUAUGUAUAUUGGCGAAAUGAUAUCUUACGCGAACAAUAGUUAUGAAACUGUGGCGGCACUCGACAGCAAAUACCACCGGAAGAUAACUAGUGUCGGACAACGGCAGCGCAGUGGUUAGCGCCUUAGGUUACGAACGUUCGGGACCCGGGUUCAAAUCCCCGGCGACCGGAGUCCGAUUUUUCUUUCCACGAUUCUUAAAUGAGAAGAAAAUAAAGCAGUAUCUGCCCCAGCAGCGACAUCUACAGCCAGCAACUACAACUAUCACGGCCUCAAAACUAACUACUAAUCUUGUUAAAAUGCUUGGUAACAACGUAAUUUUAGUAGAAAUAUAAUAAAAGAACCAAACUCAGAUCUAGUUAUAUUAAUUUCUUAUUGAUUAUUAGUUUAGAAGAGAUCUAUAAUGCAACAUCACAUAUUCUUUAAACUCUUCGUACCCAAUGCUCUUAAUGUUAGCGUCAUUUCUUUUCGGCAGAAUUAUUUUCUGCAAUUGAGAUCUGUAUACGUCAAUAAUUGAAAUCCAAAUAAAUGGACAUUCAUGAAAGAAAUA